GGGGGGUCUUUGACACCGCCGGUGGCAGUUGGCGUUGUUGGUAGUUGUUGCUAAGCUAACGCUGUCUGGACGGCGGUGAACAGGAGGAGCUAGCCUGAAGCUAACAAGUCUUUCUAACACCUGUGGGCGCGUGGACCCUUUUCAUAGACGUUAAACAGGAAAAUUAGUGUGUCUAUCGCCUCCCGUGGAUCAGCUGAGGAAGACAUGAGGACACCAGGAAGGCCACGUUCUGCUCUGCGACUCGACGACUGUUUGUGAGCCGAGUCCCGUGAACAUCGCAGCUUGCGUUUCGUCCCCGGAAGUCGUUCAGAGGAGGACGGGUCAACCGCUUCCUGCUCGGUUUGCAUCCGCGAUGUCUUCAAGACUCGCCCCCGAGUCCCGGGACGAACUCUCGAGCGCGCCCGUUUAGUUAGAGCUGGAAUCCCGCUGCCUCGGGAGAGAGCGCGUCCUGCGUUGUACUGCUGUCACUGCGCCUGCAGCGGCAGUUAUGUUCACUGUCGGCCAGGACGUAUCGAGAACUUGUAGACGAGCCACUGGGACCAAAAGCACAUUUUCAACUCCAUCCCGCUGGAGCUGACGCUUCAGACGUCGCUGCUGCAGAAGAACCAGUGGAAAGCUGCCAGGAGGAGAACGGGAAGGUGGUGGUGGUGGUGGUGGGCGGGGGGUCUUCCUCCACUUGUGGCUGUUACUCCUAUCCUGCCUGUUGACCUCGCCCCAAAACGCAGCUCUCCAGACGUAACCACAGCUUCAUCGAGCGCCGCCAUGCCCACCAACCAGUCCUCCCCCUGGGACGGGGUGGAGCUCCGGCCGCGCUCCAACGCAGGUAGUCCCACAACCUCAGCCAGCGCGCGUGCCACCAGAGUGCCUUUUAGACCGACUCCUGGGAGAAAGGGCCGAGCCAAACCUCUCUCCCCCACCAGGCAGACCGCCGUGCCUGUGGUGGAGAGCGGGUACGCAAUUAAAACCACCGCAGUGCCAGAUGGGUCUCCACACCUGCCACGGACGCCUAACGGGGCGUCUCCCGUGUCCCAUGAGGACGGUCCGGCUGGAGUUGACGUCCAGCCGGCGGGUGCCAUGAGGAAACCGCUCCAGGCCUCGCCGCCCGGAGGCGACGCAGCAGUGGGCAGAAGUGUCGCCGCCACAGGCGACGCCCUGCUGGGAUUGGAGCUUUUUUCUUCUAUUUGUUACCGAGACCUGUUCGUCCAGAGGCAGCCAACGGACGGCUUAAUGCCUGAAGCCGCGGACCGUCCCCCCCCCUCCUCCUCGCCGUCGGUGCCUCCUCUGUGCCUUACUCUCCCUGAUCAUCUGGGGGCGCCACUGAGAACGGACGCCGAAGGCAGCGCCGUAGAGACGAGAAGCACAGCCAGAGAAACGACGGCCAAGGCGGCGGCGUGCAGCCGGGCCCAAAGCACACGCGUGUGGAUGACCGGUCAGCUGGAGGUACGAGGUCGUCCUCCGGCAGCGCUGGCGUCGACCACGAGCAGCAAGGCCCAAACUCUGGACCGGAACCAGCAGGCGCCGGAGAGCUCCUCGCCUACGCGCGGGAGAAGCGCUCUUCCCGAAGUCGGGCCGUUUCCAAACGCCCCCCCGCCGACGGUGCCCAGCGCCAAAGUCAGCGCCACAGCGCCGGGUGCCGCCGCAGCUGCGGCCCCCGGCCCCGCAGGAGCCCUGGUGGGCUCCGUGACCUCUCAGAUCUCUGCCAUCCAGCUCAUCGCCUCUUCCCCGCCCCCCUUCCCCUCCUCGCCGUCGGAGGCCCGGCUGGUCGGAGAGGCUCCGCUGUCUGGCUCAGUGAGUGUGAUGCAGGUGGAUGGAGUCGAGGAGGAGCUGCCCGAUGAGCUGGAGAAUGCAUGUAGUGAUGAUGAUGAUUCAGACUCUUUCUCCAUCAACGGCUCCUCAUCCACAGCGUCCAUCACUGCCUGUUCUGGUGUCGAGGGGCCGAUGUCACCGGGGGCCGAGGACGAGCGAGAGGAGCGACCCGCUUUGGUCCCCAGUCUGUUCCCCUUCGUCGCUCCAACGCUCUACUUCAGCACCGCCGACGAGAAAGUGGAACUGCUGCCCGCCGAGCAACGGCGACUCCUGAAAUGGAAGAUCAGCACGGUCACCCCGAACAUCGUAAAGCACACCAUCGGCAGGUCGCACUUCAAAGUCACCAAGAAAAGCCACGACUGGCUGGGCUGCUGGGGACACCACAUGAAGUCUCCCUGCUUCAAGGCCCUCGCAGAGCACCAGAAGUUGAACCACUUCCCGGGAACGUUUCAGAUUGGCAGGAAGGACCGGCUGUGGAGGAACCUGUCCAAGAUGCAGCUCCGCUUCGGCAAACAGGAGUUUAGCUUUUUCCCACGAACCUUCGUCCUGCCUCAGGACAUCAAGCUGCUCCGCAAGGCGUGGGAGGACGGCGGCUCCCGGCAGAAAUGGAUCAUCAAGCCGCCUGCAUCAGCCAGAGGAAUCGGAAUCCAGGUCAUCCACAAAUGGAGCCAGAUGCCCCGCAAGAGACCGCUGCUGGUCCAGAAGUACCUUCACAAGCCUUACCUCAUCAGCGGCAACAAGUUCGACCUGCGGAUCUACGUCUACGUGAGCUGCUACGACCCGCUCCGGAUUUACAUCUUCUCUGACGGACUGGUUCGAUUCGCCAGCUGCAAGUAUUCGUCUUCCAUGAAGACUCUGGGCAACAAGUUCAUGCAUCUGACCAACUACAGCGUCAACAAGAAGAACUCUGAGUACCAGAGCAACAGCGACGACAAGGCCUGCCAGGGACACAAAUGGGCUUUGAAGGCCUUGUGGCAGUAUCUUGGUUCUAAGGGAGUCAACACAAGUCGUAUCUGGGAGAAGAUUAAAGACAUUGUGAUCAAAACCAUCAUUGGGUCGGAGCCGUACGUCAACAACCUGCUGAAGAGCAACGUGAGGACGCCGUACAGCUGCCACGAGCUGUUUGGCUUCGACAUCAUGCUGGAUGAGAAGCUCAAACCCUGGAUCCUGGAGGUCAACAUAUCGCCAAGCCUCCAUUCCAACACAGCGCUGGAUGUUGCAGUUAAAGGUCAGAUGAUCAGAGACCUCCUGAACCUGGCGGGCUUCCGCAUUCCCCAAAAAGAGGAUGUGGUCGUGUCCUGCAGCAGCACCUCCAGCUCCACCAGCAGUUUGUGUGUGAGCAUCAGGGAGCGGACCAAGCCAGAGCCGUCUGCCGAUGAAAAGGUCAAGCGGGCCUUUUACCUCGGCCAACGCUACGCCGACCAGGACUUCCUGUCCACGGUGCUGGACGUCUUGACUCCGGAGGACGUCCGCGUGCUGGCGGCCAGCGAAGACGAGCGGACCCGCAUGGGUCAGUUUGAGCGGAUUUUCCCGUCGCCGGCGUCCUCCCGCUACCUCCGCUUCUUCGAGAGUCCGAGAUACUUCAACAUCCUGCUGGACCAGUGGGAGCAGAAGUUCUGCAGCAGCAGGUCCAAAGGUAUCAGCCUGCUGACGUCUCUCUGUGAGAAAGGAGUCCAUCUGGGAACCAGUGACCCUCUGCACAUGUGGUCCAAGAGUAGCUACAUCUCCAGGCUUGAUCCCCACAAACAAAACCUCCUCGGGCCCCCCAGUUCGAGGGUGGUGGUCACCCAUCAGCACCGCUCCCAUGACGACGAGGACGACGAGGAUGAGGACGGGUCGGCCUCCGUCUCCAGCACCGCUUCUCCCAGUCCUGGAUCCAGCGUGUCCAGCAGCGCCUGUUCCAGUCCUCAGCCCGGCCGCGCCCGGCGCCGCCUGCCCCGCCAGUCCGCCUCCCUCUGAGGCCCCUCCCCCUCCAUGGAUGACAAGUGGCCUGAGAACUCUGAGGAGCCCCCGUGGAAGGGUUGGGAUUGUGGUCAUCUGUCAGAAGUGGGAGCACUUUCAGGUCAUUAUGCAGGAAAUGGAGCCACUGUUUGUCCUUCAGGUCAACCUCUAUUCAAACACCAGACCAGUUCCUUCACUUACUGAAACUCGACACUCGAGAAACUUGAGAAACGUGCUGCAGAUCCGUGAGCUUCAUGUCCGCGUCAUUCGUCGAAGUUAACCAGCCGCUGAUGCUUGAACGACAGCAGGAGCCGCAGCAGCUGUUAGCGCUUACCUCUGAACAUUCUCAGCACGUGCAAUCGGAUGUUACCACAGCGUGAAAACGCAGCCGGGACCCUGAAUAAGACGUCGGAUCUGUCCGAGGUACCUGAAGACUGAACCUGGAUCAGUCGCUCUGAUUUUACAAUUGUGAUUCUCAUAAAAACCCAUUCAACUUUUUAAAAGGCUUUUGUUUCCCUGCGCGAGGAGUGGAUUUAGUACAGAGAAUGUUACAGAAUGUUUGAGUGUAUCACGCUAACACUGCGGGUGAAGCGUCGUGCACGUAGUUCCCUCAGGACUUCAGUCCACUGGGAGACACUUAACGGGGAAGAGAAACUACUUCAUCACAAAUGUUUGUGCUUUUCCUUUAAUCUGACAGGGAGAACAAGUCGUACGUGAGCAAAGUGAACACCUUUACUUCGUUUUACAUCCUCAUAAGUCUUAUUGCUGCAGUCAGAACAGAGUAGAAGCUCGAUUGUUUGCAGAGUUUUAUACUUGAGCAGACGUUUAAAAUCUUAAAGCAAGUUUCUACAAACGUAUCAUUCGUGGAGCAGAAGGAUGAUGAGAAUCGAUUUGGCUGAAAGCUUCUCGACUCUAAGCAGAAGAACCCGGACUGUUCAUGACUUCAUGCUCUAAUAAUCAUAUCUUAAUAUUUAUUCUAUCCUUCAGUUAACAUAAAUAACAGUUGAAGUGCAGAAACAUCCCAUAAUGAUAUAACGAGCCUGCGUUGAGGUAUAAAUUAGUUUAAACUUAUCAGGGGGACGUAGUUGCUAACUGGAGUCUUAUUGUUUGCAUUGACGAGUGAAGUGAAGCACAUACAAGUUGUUUGUUAACAUUAAGGCAAAGUCCAAAGUGGAAACAACACUUUUUAAAGGGCUGUAUUCAUUUUCCAGGAUGGCUAUUUUGAAAUUAAAGAAACUGGUACUGUUUCA